UCAUCGACGCCCGCGGGCAAUGUGCCCACCCGCCGGCAGAGCAACGGGUGGACAAGGCGUACGAUGCUUAGGGAUGCUUGCUCGAACGACGGUGGGAAAGGCUGGUGGCGAUGGUGGUCUAGGUUGGGCGGAUUGCUGGCGAUGGCGACGGCCAUUUCCUGUCUUGUUGCCCCGUUUCCGGGUGCCUCGGCCAAUCCGGAAGCGAAGCGUCUCUACGAUGACCUGCUGUCGAACUACAACCGCCUCAUCCGCCCUGUUGGCAACAACAGCGAUCGCCUCACUGUCAAAAUGGGACUACGCCUCUCCCAGCUCAUCGACGUUAACCUGAAGAACCAGAUCAUGACGACGAACGUUUGGGUGGAACAAGAGUGGAACGAUUACAAGCUGAAGUGGAACCCGGAUGAUUAUGGCGGUGUCGACACCCUCCACGUGCCGUCGGAACAUAUAUGGUUGCCGGACAUUGUUCUUUACAACAACGCCGAUGGCAACUACGAGGUGACCAUUAUGACCAAGGCGAUUUUGCACCAUACGGGAAAGGUCGUGUGGAAACCGCCGGCUAUCUAUAAAUCAUUCUGCGAGAUCAACGUGGAGUACUUUCCCUUUGACGAGCAGACUUGCUUCAUGAAGUUUGGUUCGUGGACUUACGACGGGUACACGGUGGACUUAAGACACCUGGCCCAGACGGAGGACUCGAACCGUAUCGAGGUCGGGAUCGACCUGACCGACUACUACAUUUCCGUCGAGUGGGACAUCAUAAAAGUGCCUGCCGUGAGGAACGAGGCGUUCUACAUAUGCUGCGAGGAGCCCUAUCCAGAUAUCGUGUUCAAUAUCACCCUGCGCCGCAAGACCCUCUUCUACACGGUCAAUCUGAUCAUACCGUGCGUGGGCAUAUCUUUCCUCUCGGUGCUGGUGUUCUACCUUCCUAGCGACAGCGGUGAGAAAGUCUCGCUGUCGAUCUCGAUACUGUUGUCGUUGACGGUGUUUUUCCUACUGUUGGCCGAGAUCAUACCGCCCACGUCGUUAACGGUGCCGUUGCUCGGCAAGUAUCUAUUGUUCACGAUGGUGCUUGUCACCCUGUCCGUGGUGGUGACGAUAGCCGUGUUGAACGUGAACUUUCGUUCGCCCGUCACCCAUCGUAUGGCCAAAUGGGUGAGGGUGGUUUUCAUACAAGUGUUGCCGCGAUUCCUUCUGAUCGAGAGGCCGAACAAGGACGACGACGAUGAGGAGGAGGAUGAUGAUGGGGGAAGGAACGGAGUCGGUGUCGCCGGUAUGAACGUCGACGGUGAACAGGUUGACGACGACGACGACGACGACGACGUGGAAGCGAGCAACGGGAAACCGGCCGAGGGCAUGCUCACCGAUGUGUUCCAUGUACCAGAGACUGAUAAGUACGACACGUAUUAUGGUAAAAGGUUCAGCGAGGAAUACGAGAUACCAACGCAUGGGUUGCCACCGACCGCCACCAGGUACGAUCUAGGUGCGGUCGCCACCGUGGGGACCGUAACACCAUGCUUCGAGGAGCCGCUACCCUCGCUCCCACUGCCGGGGGCUGACGACGACCUUUUCGGCCCGGCCAGCCCCGCUUAUGUUCACGAGGACGUCAGCCCCACCUUCGAGAAGCCGUUGGUUCGCGAGAUCGAGAAGACCAUCGACGACGCUAGGUUCAUCGCUCAGCACGCUAAGAACAAGGACAAGUUCGAAAGUGUGGAAGAAGACUGGAAGUACGUGGCGAUGGUGCUCGACCGGAUCUUCCUCUGGAUAUUCACAGUGGCCUGCGUGGUGGGCACGGUGUUGAUUAUCCUACAAGCGCCAAGCCUGUACGACACCACGAAGCCGAUCGACAUCAAAUACAGCAAGAUCGCUAAGAAGAAGAUGAUGCUGAUGAACAUGGGCCCGGAGGAGGAUUAGUCGACGAUCCCGCGCGGCUUCGCGCCGCGUCCAUCGCAUCAGCCGCCGUAUCGCCGGCGUCGACGUCGUCGUCGUCGUCGUCGACGUCGGCGUCCGCGUCGUUCAGCGGCACCGCGUCAUCGAAACUGCCGAAUUUCGCGUCGAUUCCACGAUUCCCGUGGAGGAGGAACCUCUCUCGAUCGUUGUUCCCGGAGCUGAUUCCGGGCUGGUGAACGGAGGACCAGAUCCAGCAACGAGGAGGCAAAAAUGCGAAAGAAAGAAAGAAAGAAAGAAAGUUUGACAAAAGAAAGGCACGGAGCUUUCGUCGAAGAGUGACGAAUCCGUGUAUCCGUGGCGUUGAUCUUUCCCUCUGCGAACUUUUACCGAUCGAUCCUUCGAUACUGAACUCUCUCCGAUGGAGGGAAGGGGGUGAAAUAGCGCGUGUUCGAACGAGUGGAUAGCACGAGUGGGAUUCGUGAAUGAACACGAGCGAGCAAAAGGGAAGCGUGUAUGUGUGUGUGAGUGUGUUCGAGCGACAAAAGAAGAGAGACGGAAUGCCGAGGAAGAAAUCGGCGACGAACGUAUCGGACGAGGGAUAGAAACCGUGACGGUGCUUGAGGAAUAGAAAACGAUGAAAGAGAAAAUAAUUGAGAGGGGAGAAAAAGUGCCAAAUACGCGAGACACGCGCGCAACGUAUUUUUGUAAAUCUGGUUUCAUACGUAAGGCUAGAGUCGUGCGGCGAGACGUCGAACUGCCCGAACUGCCGAUUUUAUAUAAGAAGACGUUUACACGCAGCAGCUACGAAGACGCGUACAUCUCUACACACCCGCAUACGUACAUACACAAACAUACAGACACAUUUACGAAUCACUCAUUACAGAGAAGCGUGACACGAAAUUCACGUGCUAACGAAGCGCGUAAAUAAAAAAUUUAUACGUAAAGGUAAACGAGUUAAACGAGAGGGAGAUAAUAGGAGGAAGAAGAUCGAGGAAGAGAUGAGAGGACGCGCGCGGUUUCUCGCGUGCGUUCCUUAACGCAUCCCCUUUUGCUGUGCACACGUGUACAUAGGUAUAUAGAAAUUAUACAUCUAUUACAUUGCGUAGAUAAUAUAAUCGACGAUCUCAGCGUAUGAGCACAACGCGAAAUAUUCAUCCGCAUUCUCGACACAUCGUAUCAAAUAUUCAUGACGGUGCGUUCGCACAACCGAGGCGCAUCGUCGUUGAAGAAGAAGAAUAGGAGAAAACAUAGGGAGUAAGCGUAGCCCACACGACGAAGGAGGAUUCUUCGGCCGGAGAAUUGCUUCCAGUGAUAAAGAACGAGUCGUCGAGGCGGAGAUUAUUAUGCCAGGAAGCGUGCGGGAACCGGAGUUGAAAAGAAACGAAAAUAAAAAGAGAAGGAGAAAGGAAGAGAACUGAAAAUUUUCCUCGUUUUUCCUCUUUCCUGCCCGAUCGUCGAACGCGCGGCAACGGCGCUGCCGGACGGAUUUCACGGUCUCAUCGACAGUUUUUUAAUUUAUCUUCGCAAUUGUUCCGGACCAGAGCGCGGCUCGCUAUUAUCAAGACGAAUCAUUCCAUCGAACGCGCCGUUGCGAGCGAUAUAACUCGAAAUCGAUUCGAUUCCUGGCGACUCCUUCGUCGUGCGUGUUCCCGUGGAAGCGAGAGGAUCGCGAGCGGAAGACACUCGCAAACAACUGCCAACCGGACGAACCUCUGACUAAAACUCGAACGUUAUCGAUGGAUCGAGUACGAGAAACAGGACAACGAAUGUGGAAGGAUUCGGUGCCAGGAUGCAGAAACUAGGAAGGCAAUUGUUUCGAUGUUACAGUGCCAAUCGAGAUUUCGGCUGUUCCGCGUUUCCUUUUUACCUAUGGACAUUUUUGGCGAGCAUCUUCCUUGGAACGGCUACUCGAACAACCAGAUAGAACUUGAAGAAUCUCCAAUCGUGUCCUCCCAAGGAACGAUCCUUGAUUUUUUCCUACGGCUUUUUAUUGAAACAACCGUCUUUUAGGAACCUGUCUGCCCUCGACAAUUCUGUGAUACGUCUUCCUGCCGUGAACCCAACGAAACGUCGACCUUUCAGCUCGAUCGAGGAAAGAAAAAAAGAAAGGAGAAAAGGGAUCAGAGUUUACGAAGGACCAACGACUGCCAUUCUCCGGUGCGUUUCGUUUCGCGGAAACCAGACGUACGCCGAGUUUUCUCUUCUUCUUGGCCGGAUCUCGUGGCUGGCUGGUGCAGCGGAUCGAUACCACCCCCGUAUAGCGAAGGAAACGGGCAAAGGACGAUAAAGUAAGACGCUUAUAGUUCGAAGAACGAACGCGCUCUACCGAAACCUGUAUUCUGAUUAUCGAAUGAUUUGAAAGAAAGAGCACUGAUACGCAAGAAUUUGAAAAAAUAAUCCGAAAGAAAUAGUUCUGUUUCUAUUCAUUAUAUGUAAACUCGAAAUUGUGUUUGUUCUUUAAAUGGAAAUUAGGAUGUAUAAAAAUUUAUGAAAAGAGCGAGGGAUCGUAUUGUAAACAGCUUCGUUUUUACCCUCCGAAUGUAAUCACGAAACCAUGGAAAUUUAUAAGGGAGAAUAAUUUUCAGUGUGGAAGAAGCGAGCUUGAAAAGCAGGAAGAAUAAUAUCGUCGCAAGGAUAUAGAGGACGGUGCAGCGAGUUUCCUUUUUGUUCUUUAAAUGCAAAUUUGGAACUAUGAAAAUUUAUGAAAAGAAUCAAGAAUCGUGGUAUCGUGAAAGGUUUCGAUUUUCCCCUCUACGAAAGUACAGAAUUUUAUAAGGAAAAUAAUUUUCGAUAGAGGAAAGGAUGAAGGAUACCGCGUUGCAAGAGUGUGUAGUGAUAGAUCUGAAACAGUGCAAUUAAUUACUUUCUUUUUUUUACAAGGCAAACUCGAUGUAUCAUUGAUAUCGUACGUCGUCAGACCGUCGAAGAAGAGUUCUACCGUUCCCGAGACCUCUCGUCAGUCUUUCAAUGCACCCGAAACUCCCAGAAGCCUUACGUUAUCACUCGACCUCGCCGUAUAUCACGUUCAGUCUUUCAAGAAUCAUUUUUCACGUUCAGACGACGCUCAAAGCAGCUCGAACAUUUUUCAUUGCUCGAUGGAAUCCUUCCUCGAACGCCCAUCAAACUGGCCACAUGGAGCGAGUGACCGAACGCGUAUAAACUCGUGCCACAACGGACAUUUCUACUCCGACAAUGCGGAGUCGCGAUGAAGGGGUACACAGCAGGCAGCUACGUCCCCUUCGAAGCGGUAUAAUAAUCAAUUUAUUUGCUCACGUAAAGGUAACGGUAUAAUAUAUAUUUAAUAUGUGCAUAUAGGUAUAAACGGGAGAGAAUUAAUUACACGAGAGAACUAAUUAAUCGCAUAGCCGAGGAACGAAACACUCGUCGAGACGGUGGCGGUGGUGGUUAAUGGUGGUGGUGAUGGUGGUUGUUAAUGGUGUGGUGCGUGGGACGUAUUGUUACGCUGAUCCAGGAACACGUGGCUGUGCGAAGUUUGGGUGUCGGGAAAUCUGAUGAUCCGCCGGUAAUGCUACGAGAUAUACGUGUUUUCGAAAAUUCAUGGGGGUGGAAGAGGAGAUAGAACCAACAUAAAGUGGCUUUCAUACUUGUUCUUAUCGAUGGCGUAUCGCUGCAAAGAUUAACUUCUCCACGAAAAUAUUGGACUUUCAGGAAUGUUUAUUUAGAACGAUGCUGUCGGAAAUUGGACAGGUUAGUUAAUAAUUGAAUUCGUUAUGUACAUUACCGAGCAUGGUAGAUUUCACUGAGGAACAUAAUCCCCCCCUUGGUUCCCGGGUUCAUGGCCCACACCGUAGGCCACCCCUUCCGGGGGUUCCCCAGGUCCCAGUCCCCCCCGGGGACUUGCCCCUUCUCGGGAUCCUGUCCGUCCUCGGUAGCGGUCCCGAGAAGAGUGACCGCGCACAGGUGUAGGCGUCUUAUAUAUAGGCCUGCCGACCCCCCACCACUUGACCAUGCACGGCUAUACUCCUACGCGCGAAGAUUUGAAUUGAUAUUUACCGUUUAUUCGUGUUUUCCAAUUUUACUCGAAAUUUUAUCGAUACUUAAUGAUUAAAAAUUAUGUUAUUUAUUUUUCUAAACCUUUUUUAAUAAUAAUAUCAUCAAAAUUAAAGUUCUGCUUCCCUGUUAAUGUUAUUUUUUCUGAGGAAAUCUAUCGUGCUCGAUACUGUACAUGGUACAAUUCGAAGAAUACAGUU